UGUCUCGGUCGUACUGUUGUCACUGUGUACGUUGCGAUGUUCACAUGGGGUGGGACAGAGGGGAUGGAGAUGCGGAAGCUGCUGCUCAACAGUCGGCAGUGUAUGGAUGUGGUGCGUAUAUACACCCGAUUGUCUGUUAACCCCUUCAUCCAUCGAGUUUUGA